AUGGCUGAACAACAGUACUCGUCCUUCACAGAGGGAACCGCGACUGCAGACUCAGAGAUGACCUCAACCAGCUUCCUCACACCUGCAACUAACCCUUCAAUCACCCAUGCCGCUCGCCACUCGAUUGACUUCAGCGACAAGGUGCCCCAGGUCAUGGAAUGGACCUCAACCCUCGCCAAGGCACCCGUCCAGAUCCCUCCCAUCUCCACCUCAGACCUCGACCAGUCCCAAGGCACCGACCAGGAGCCCAGAACUCCUACCGCGUCGUCCAUCCCUACCGGUGGACUCGAAGCCGACCUUGAGGAACUCCACAAAUUAACUCCAACUCUUAUCGAGGUCUCGUCUGCGCCUGAUAUCCCUGCUCUCGGGGAUAUCUCCCUGAACCUCUCCUCCUCGUCGUCGUCUUCGUCAUCCACCAACCCAUCUUACCUGUCUUCAAAGCCUUAUAGCGUUAGCAGCCAUUAUGCCAAGGGAUUGGAUGUGCCAUCCUCUGCUGUCCCCUCGCCUCCUUCGUCCAUCAUUGCUGAACCUCCUUCGCCAACUCUUUCUUACGCUUCAUUAAAGAUGGGAAGCACAUCCUCAAACGCAGGGGACGACUUCGAGCAGGACCGGGAAGCCAUGGAGCAGGACGAUCCUAGCCCCAUCAGCCAACACUUUCAACAACAGUCAAGCUCGACCGACACGUCAAUGUCUCAGAGCGCAACAACCACCGACCCUGUUGAUGCUCCUGUUGAAGAUAUCCCAACAGGCGGGUUCAUGGUGCCAAGGAGAGAGAUCUUGACAAAGGAGGAUCUUGACCUGUUCCACGCAUCGCCCACCUAUGUCGCGCUCUUUGCCUUUUUGGAUGAGUUGAACGAGAGUGUUGUUGGUGUCGUGAGCACCGCUGACUGUCACCAAAGCGAGGUUGUCAAGGGCAUGCUGGAGACCUUGGACUUGGUCAACCAGGUGACAGAAGAGUACCCUCCUGAGACGGGCCAUGAGAGUCGAUUCGGCAACCCCGCAUUCCGCAAGUUUUACGACCAGAUCGGCUUGUCUGCACCAAGUUGGAUGGAGAAACUUUCGCUCCCUAAGGAAGCUGUCCCUGAGGUGACAAAGUACUUUGUGGAGAGCUGGGGCAACCGCAAGAGAAUCGACUAUGGUACAGGGCACGAGGCCAGCUUCUUGGCCUGGCUCUAUUGCUUUGCCAAACUGGGACUCAUCAAGAAGGAGGACUACAAGGCCGUCGUCAUCCAUGUCUUCUUCAAGUAUAUUGAGGUGAUGAGAAAUCUUCAGUUUGCGUACUGGCUUGAACCCGCUGGAUCGCAUGGAGUGUGGGGCUUGGAUGACUACCACUUCUUGCCAUUCUUGUUUGGAGCAGCACAAUUGAGAGGACACAAGUAUAUCCGACCCAAGUCCAUCCACGACAACGACAUUGUGUCCGAGUUUUCCAAGGACUACAUGUAUCUCUCCUGCGUGAAGUUCAUCAACUCUGUCAAGUCGGCGUCGUUGAGAUGGCAUUCGCCCAUGUUGGACGAUAUUAGUGCGGUCAAGACAUGGGACAAGGUCAACACGGGAAUGAUCAAGAUGUACAAGGCCGAGGUGUUUGGCAAGUUGCCGAUUAUGCAGCAUUUCCUAUUUGGAUCAUUGCUCCCGUUCAAGGGCCAGAGCGAUAACCGGAUUCUAGAUGAGGAUGAGGAAGACGCGGGAGUGGAGGGACAUCAGCAUAUCCAUGCGUUUGGCCAAGAGUUCCCUACCUGCUGCGGCAUGAAGAUCCCUAGUGCGAUUGCGGCGGCGGCGGCCUCUGGUGGUGCCAGCAAUGGAGCACGGAGACUUCCCUUUGACUAA